UUUGGUAAACAGCGUAAACUGUGACUUAUACGGAGAAUUGGUGAAAGAGAAAUUCGGAAAACAAAACGUCAACUUUCUGUUGAAAUUUUGUAACUUGCGAACUGUGUGUAACAGUAAAGUACAAUCAGUUAUGACAUCCAACCUCUCAAAAAAGGACGUUGAAGAAAUUAAGCCGUAUGUGGAUAGGACUGUUCAGAAGUUUUUGGGGUUUAGUGAGCCUUCGUUAGUCACAGCGGCAUUAAAUUGCCUUACCUCAGGGUAUGAUAAGCGGAAAACCUCAAAUAAGCUGGCAUCUCUGCUUGAUGAGAAGAAAGCUGUGAGGCUCACUGAACGUAUAUUUGACCUGGCAGAAGAAUUGAAACCAUCCCAGCGAGCAUCUCGGAGACGACAUCAUGAAAGUGAACCAAAGCAAGAAGAUAAGGAAGCAUCCAAAAAAGCCAAGAUGAAAUCUAACAUGGAACCUGAAGUGACGACAAUCCCAGCCCCAGGCAACCCAAGUCCUGGUCAGCUCACAACAUUGCAGAUAAAAGAGAUGAUGGCAAAUGCUCAGAAGAUGAUAGAGGAAAGAAAGCGUGCUCUGAAUGCUCUUGCAGCAGAUGAAAUUCCACCUGUUCGUAGUUUAAUAUUCCGCAAUGAUGAUGCUGUUCCAAUACGCCCAACUUUGUAUGGGCUACCUCCCACAGCCAUUCCAUCAUUGAUGCAGCGUGGUGACACUGAUAAGGCCAGAAAAAUUGCUCAGCUACAGGCCCAAAUCCAGUCAAAACUUUCAACAGGAGUGUUAAGUCUGCCUCCUAUACGACCAGUAGUUCAAGACAAACCCACUCCAUUGAUUUUGGAUGAUGAAGGCCGUACUGUAGACAUCACAGGCAAAGAAGUUCAGCUGACACAUGUUGUUCCAACUCUUAAGGCUAACAUCCGAGCAAAGAAGCGUGAGGAGUUCAGGCAGCAGCUACAGGAGCGAGUUGUUGAGGAUCUGUCAGAGACUCAUUUCUUUGAUUCGCGCAUUGGGAUGAAGUCUGCUAUUCGUAACAGGAGGGCACUCCGGUUCCAUGAGCCAGGCAAGUUUCAGCAGUUGGCUGACAGAAUGAGGAUGAAGGCUCAGUUGGAGAAGUUGCAGAAUGAGAUCUCACAAAUUGCCAAGAAGACGGGUAUCACAUCAGCAACCAAACUUGCCCUGAUUGCACCGAAAGCUGAGCACCGAGAAGAAGAAAUUCCAAAUGUUGAAUGGUGGGACUCUGUUAUUCUCACAGAAGAAAAUUACAAUGUGAAAAAUGGGAAACCGCUUUUGAAGGAACCUGCAAUAACAAAUCUUGUGGAACAUCCAAUUCAACUUAGACCACCUACGGAUCCUAUGAAACCUGUAUAUAUGCCUGUGUUCCUCACAAAGAAGGAACAGAAGAAGCUGCGGAGGCAGAACCGACGUGAGGCCUGGAAAGAAGAACAGGAAAAGAUUCGACUUGGUCUGGAGCCACCACCAGAACCUAAGCUGAGGAUAUCAAAUUUGAUGCGAGUGCUGGGGACAGAAGCAGUUCGGGAUCCAACCAAGGUAGAAGCCCAUGUACGAGAACAGAUGGCUAAGCGCCAAAAGGCUCAUGAAGAAGCAAAUGCCGCGAGGAGGCUGACUGCUGACCAGAGGAGAGAAAAGAAAGUGCGCAAAUUAAAAGAGGACACUACGUUAGGUGUCAGUGUAGCUGUGUACAGGGUAAAGGAAUUGUCAAAUGCAUCAAAAAAAUUUAAGGUAGAAACAAAUGCCAAGCAGCUGUUUAUGACUGGCUGUGUAGUAUUAUUUAAAGACUGCAAUGUUGUGGUUGUGGAAGGUGGUACAAAGCAGCAAAAGAAAUAUAAAAGGCUAAUGCUUAACAGGAUAAAAUGGGAAGAAGACACAGUGAAAGACAGUGAUGGGAAUGAAUCUGUCAACAAGUGUUUCUUGGUUUGGGAGGGGACUGUGAAACAGAGAAACUUUGGUGAUAUGAAAUUCAAAGUGUGCCCAACAGAGAAGUUAGCAAGGGAACACUUCAAGAAGCAUGGAGUGGAGCAGUACUGGGACCUGGCAUACAGUGGUGCAGUUCUUGAAGCAACCGAUGAUGUAUAGUAGCUUCCCUCAUCUGUCCAGACAAAUAUGAUGCAAAUGUUUAUACAAAGUCAAAGGUAUUAGUAAAUUGUGAAUUCAUUACGAAUAAGAAAUGUUGUUAUACUUGUAGCAGUUAAUUCAAAUUGUAUUCCCUGUUCCUGACAUUCUUUGAAGGGUCAUGGUAUGUAAAGCAGAAGCUGGUUUCAUUGCUGCUACAACUGAUAAUCAUCAAGAUAGAUGUUAUCUUAAAUUUACAUAUGCCCUACCUCACUCCAUGGGGCAGAGUUCUUCUUGAGAAAUUGAUAGUUUUUCAGCUAGUCGAGAAACACUCUGCCUUUUAUGGAACUUCUAGGUUCAUUAUUUUUUCAUAAGAAUGCAUUCUGUUUGUGUUUUGUUUUAAGUGAUAAAUGAACUGGACACAAAUUUACAAUAAAAACCUUUUCAUUUGUUUAUUUCUUAUCAUAAAUUAUAUGUUUCAGCCAAAAAUGGUCAUCCAUUAGGGGAUGUAUACAAAUCAACCAAAUACAGUGGAUUCCAGUUAAUAGGGUCACUGGUUAAUUGUGGCAGUCAUUUAUUUGGGCAGAUCCUGGAGAAAGAAAACGAAUUGAGAAUAUAACAAGAAUUCAGAAUUUGCUUAGUUUAUUUGGGACACCAUGCCAUUUAAUUGGGCCACUAGCUGCCACAUGGUGCAGUUGUGAAUAUUAUAUCACCAGUCACUGACUCUGUAUAAAUGGAUCUACAAUGGCAUGUGCAGUGAUUUAUUUUUAUUUAACAUUUUAAAUCCCCACAGAAAUGCCCAGGAGAGGUGUAACACUCACUGACAAAAUUGCCUCACUGGAAAAAAUUAAAAACCAGCCACCUAACACCAGUCAUCACCACCUGGUGGAGAUAGGGUGCAGAAAUCUACAAUUGCAUGUGUUAUACAGCAGCAAGAGGAACUGCGAGAUGAAUGGACAUUACACCAUGGACAACAGGGAUCUUUCCAAGAAUGUAAGUGUGGAUUUAAGGAUCCAGAUGUUCAGGAGGCCCUCAGUCAGUGGUUCUGUAUUGUAACUGGACAGUGUAUGUGUCAGUGGACCACUGUUGAGAAGCAAGUCACAGGAUUUAACCAAAAAGUUGCUGGGUCAUAACGAUUUCAAAGCAACAGAUGGUUUGUUGACUCGAUGGAAAUUCAGGUUUAGGAUAAAAUUCAGAAAGGCACACAGCAAGAAGGACCGUGCUGAUGCUGUAAUUGCUGAACAGUGGAAGUAGACAAGGCUGCCAAACUUGCUUCAGAAAUUUUGUGCAGAUGAUAUCUACAGUGCUGAUGAAACAGGUUUAUUUUAUCAUGCCAUGCUGGAUGAUUCCCUAAGCUACAAACAUACAGCUGUAUCUUGUUCAAAGACAGCAGUGGAUCAUGUAACUGUUGUGCUGCUCAUACAUGUCAGGAACUGAUAAACAAAAGCUUUGGUUACCAGGAAAAUGGCUAAGCCUCUGUGCUUUAAGGGGGUUAGUAUGGACAGUUUCCCAGUUCUAUACUAUGCUAACAAAAAGGCGUAGAUGACAUCUGAAAUUUUUAAGAACUGGCUAAUGAGUUGGGACUUGGAAUUGCAAUUGAAAGCAAGGAAAAUUUUACUGGUUAUUGACAACUGUGCGCCCACCCUCAUUUGGAUUCUUGGAAAUAUAUCCAGCUGGAAUUUCUGUCUCCCAACACCACAUCCCUAGCUGGAAUUUCUGUCUCCCAACACCACAUCCCUGGUACAGCCAAUGGACAUGGGAAUUGUACAAAAUUUGAAGACCUUAUAUCACACAAAAAUAAAGUCCUACAUUUCAUUCAAAGUAAAGGAUUAAAAAAAGGGUUAUUCCCAAGGGGAAGCACAAUAGGUCUUUGAAGGUUGCAGUGCGAGGGCCGGUUUUUAUGGCUCACCCCUCAUACUCGUAUGUCACUCAAAAUUGCUAAACUACAUCCUAGAAGCAAUUCAAGAAUAUAUACUGACAUAAUCCUCACCAGCUAAGGAGACCAGUGCAAGGAUUGAUAUUUUAGAAGCAGCACAGUUUAUUGCCAUAGUUGGCGAAGAGUAAAUACCAAGACCAUUCAGAACUGCUUUGCUCACUGUGGUUUAAAACACUCAGACUUGUAGAUGCUGAAUAAGGCCGAAAGCGAAAAUGGCAUCAUAUUGGAAAUGAACCACGCCUGAAAUUAUGGAGAGUUUUCGUCCAUUGACGAUAGUCUUCAAACUUAUAAUGAAAAUGAAGAUUGUUAGAAGUGAUUGUUGAGUAAAUUGCAGUGAAACACCAGACUACAUCA